AUGUUUACAGACACACAUCUCUCGGUCAAUGCCCACAUGUUUGGUCUUCCUCCGGACGCCCUGAUCGUUGAGCAGCGGACGUCCGAGGUGACGCCCUUUUAUGAGGGCACGUGGAUGGACGGCAUGGGCUUCUUGUACCGCAACGCAGAAGGGGCGGUGCAGCGACUUGCAAUCUGGCUGGACCGCAGUGCAACUGCGUACGAGAAGUUCCCCUUCUCAGUCUACUUCGAGGGGAAGGCGCUCGGCGCUUUGGACGCAGCGGGCUGGACGAGCACAGACGGCAUUGCAAAAGUCGUCCCUUCCUCAGAGAGAGACGCCGGUCUACUUAUCACCCUUAAGGGCCUCCUCGAGGUGGAGAUCAGCCGCGAUUUUGAGGAGGAGCUCUUCACCGACCCCCCCGUGCAGUUCCUCAACCUGGCAAUCAAGUCGUUCACUCAAGGCCCGAGCGUCCAUGGGUUCGUUGGUCAGAUGUUCCGCGAAGGCGCCGUGGAAGAACGCCUGGCGAUGGGCACCUUGGAGGGGCUGCUCCACCGUGAGUACGUGGAAGGCACGGACGACGAGUACGAAGCGUCCGACCUGGUGUCCGCAGACUGCAGCUUCGACCUCUUCAGUUGUCAGGUCGGCAAGGACGACGAGUCGGGCGUUGGGGCAGCUCGCAAACUGUUGACCGCCCCGCCGCUUGUGCGGGACACCCUCGUGCGCUGCGCCGGUCCGCGCUAUGGCACCUUUUCGUGCCGCAUGUAGGCCCACCGAUUGGUGUUUCCCUCAAGGUGUUUGCGUAAUUUAAACGUUGGGUUAGUAGCAGGUCCCCAGACUGCUUUAAGCAGUUGUAUGGUUCGCGAAAUCUCCAACAGUGGGCCGUAAAUUCGAUCUUGAAUUGAAUUCGCUUUGUAUGAUCGAAUAUGUGCAGAGAUCUUUCGUAUUGGAAAACACCAACGGAGCCUGAUCUCAUGCAUGCUAAGAUAGCAAGGAAAUAUCAGUAUAUAUAUGGACCAUGGUCAGUGCAACUCUAUCAAGUUUCAGCUGCAUUAUAGUAUUUUAACCUAGCUUCCGAGUCAAUUGGGAUGCAUUGAUCACAAAAGUUGAUCCGACAUCGGUUGUAUUGUGAGG